AUGGAGCCCGGUACCGAUCCUGACGCCGGUGCCAACCCGCGGCAGAGAGUGACCAAUGCCUGUGAAGCGUGCAGGGCAGCCAAGGUCAAGUGCCAAACCAGCGUGCAGCUGGGAAUAUGUCGAAGAAACCAGGACGCACCCAGGCCGCCUCCUCCACCGGGACCCUCAAAGACGUUCAGCAUCGACUUUGAGAUGCCCCAAGUGGAAGAGCCCGACGACCUCGAAAGCCUUGCCGCCCGGCACGACAAGUACGUGGACGAGUUUCUACCACCAGAGUCCGACCUAGAGUCCAUAGAGAUGAUGUUCGGCCUCGACGCCGGCUCCGGUAGCGGUCCCCACUCGUCCAUCUCGUCUCCACCGUCCUCGGGCCCGUCCGUCUCGGUAUCGAGCUUCGGUCUCAAACCGCAGUUCAACCUAGAUUCAGCAGAAAAGCUGCUAUCAACUUUCCGCGUCAUGCUCAAGCAUUUUCCCUGCGUGGCACUCCCGCCCGAUGCCACAGUUACUUCGCUUUCAAAGACGAAACCGUUCAUGCUUCUCGCCAUCCUCUCGACGGCGUCUGCUACCAGUGCAUUGCAGGGCCACACUCUCUACGACGAAGAGUUUCGCAAGAUUCUGGGUCUCAAGUUCGUGGCCGGUGGCGAGCGGACGCUAGAACUCCUCCAAGGGUUGCUCAUCUAUACGGCAUGGUACCCCUUCCACCUCCGCCCAAAGAACAAACAAGCCUUCCAAUACGUCCGCAUGGCAGCCGAGAUCCUCCACGAUCUCGAGCUGAACCAUCCACCUAGCCAAGGCGCAGGCUCACCUGCCGGCGGCGGCGGGACGGCCUCGUCAUCGUCCUCUGCGCCAGAUCAAAUGGACGGUAUUCGUGCCUACGUGUCCUGCUACUACCUGGUGUCAGCGCACGUACUGCCCUUCCUGCAGUAUUUUCGCCGCACGACUCUGACCGAUGCUAGGUUCGCAAUGGCCUGGGCCAAGAUGGCGAUCCUGGCCCUCGACUACACAUCAUGGACGGCCACCUGCUGCGAUCUGCUCGAGCACAAUUCUGCGCUCAAGGGCGAUCACACGCUCGCGUGGCUGGCUAGGCUGGUUCAUAUUACCGAGGAAUCGGCUGCCAUCGCAAAGAGUAUACCGCAAGGGGAUCAGGCGAAGCAGCAGGUUCACUUCAUGUUUCUCGGGCUCGAGAGCCAGCUGAGGGAGUGGCAAGGCAGGAUACCAACCAGCCUCGGCGACAUCAACUCCCUUACACUAGCCAACCUAUUCACCGAAAUGUUCCUCCUCGCCGGCCCAGUCUACACCCUCCGCUCGACAGCAAAAAUAGGCGACAGCGACCUCGGGCCCCCGAUCCCAGCCCACCGCCUCGACAAGUGUCUCACCCUCCUCCGCACCCUCCUCGACUUCAUGACCAACCUCCCAGCCGCCGCCUUCGUCGAGCUCAGCUCCAUCGACUGGGGCCGCUUCAUCCAGGCCGUCAUCCUCGCCAUCCGCCUCUCCUUCCCCAUGCCGCUCUGCCCGGAGUGGGACCACGCCCGCGCCCGCGAGCAGCUGCAGUUCGACUCGUACCUCGCGCGCCUGUGCGCCAACAGCGAGGCGCCGACGCUGACGCCCGCGACCAAGAGCACCAUGGACGUCCUGUCUGCGGGGAAAGUUGUCUUUUCCGUCGUCAAGCGCAAGUACGAGGCUCGCGUCGCGAACAUCGAGACGCCGGUGAAUAAGCUGCCGCGGACGAUUCGCGGGUGUCCGAUGUUUGAUGGGAGUCUGGAUCAGUAUUUCCCGAUUUGGGAUCAGGAUCUGAAUAGGGACGGGACGCAUGGGUUGGUCUCUCCCGCGACGAAUGGGACGCCUGUGAUGGUGAAUGGGCAGCCUGUCUAUCAUGACCUGUGGGCGACGAUGACGAUGAACUGGCCUGAUGGUAUGGCUGGUGCUGCUACACCCGGGUUUGAUCUGGGCCAGGCCCAAGAUCCGACCAUGAGCCUCGAUCCUUCAUUUCAGGGGGCCAUGGACCUUGGCCCUUCUCCUAGUGGUAGCGGGUGA